UCUCAUGUCAAUUUACGAUAGCAAAGCCAUUUUUUGAACCAUGAACAUUUACAACAUUCAAUAACGAUACCCUAUUCAAAAUACCCUCUACCACUUUCUGGGCCAGCCAAUUCGACGCGUCGAUUCGAAGAAGCCUUGGCUGAGUUAGACACAGUCAAGUCUUGUCGGACAUUGAAGAUGGAGAAAGGGCGGCAAGCAGAAUUGACGGAGAGGUCAAAUACAUUAAGAGUCGAAUUGAAAGCAUGGGAGAAGGACUUUGCAGCAGCAAACAGUGGCAAGAAAGCAUCCAGGGAUGACAUUAAACAAAAUCCAGACAUUGCUGCCAAGUACAAAGAAUACAACAAAGUACGAGAUAUAUUAUCAGGCAAAGUCAUCGAGGCAGUUGUAGCACCCAAACGCCAAACUCCACGAAAAAGAAAACAUGAAGAGGAUGUAGGACAUGGCGCCUCCAAACGAUUACAGCUCGUCAAGACGCCUUCCAAAAUACAAGUCCAACCCUGGGAAGUCGAUCCUUACGAUUCUCCUUCCGUGGUUCGGAAUCUCUUUACUCCUUCGAGGAAGACUGUUCUUGGACCCACGCCACAGAAAGACGGACAAGUGCUAGGACUGUUCGACUUGCUACCCAAUGAUAGUGUGGUGGAAUCGCCGUCUAAUCUGGAAUGGAAGCGUCCCACGGUCCCUGUUCAGGGUACACCUCGAAAGGUUUCAGCAAUAGGGACACCUCACAGGAAUAGCAGAACUCCAGGAGGUCGCAAGAAGUUACUUGAUGCUUUCGCUACUCCGCUCAAGAGUCGAGAUCUUAAUGGCCAGGGAGGAAAGACCCCUUCAUCAGUUUCAAAACUACAUUUCUCUACGCCAUCUUUCCUUCGGCGAGAUAACCACCGUGUCAGAUUACCGGUCUUGAACGAGAACGAGGGUGGAAUUGCCCUGUCACCAGAAAUGGUUAGGAUGCCGAGAAAACCCUUGGUUCGGGGUCUAAGCAGUAUGCUUGCUGGACUCCGGAAAAUGGAAGACGAUGCAGCAGAUGAUGACUUAGAUGCUCUUCGCGAGAUGGAGAUGGAGGAAACUGGCGAGACUAUGCCAAAACCAAAAGCUAAACCGAAGCCCGUACUAGAGGCACCGCCACAGGAUAUUUUGGUUGAAGACAGCCAGCCAGGCUUCCCGUUAGGAGGAUUUGACGACGAAGCACAACUCGACAGCGAUGCUGAUGAAGCCAAGGAAGGACUGGACUGUGAUGGCAAGCCACUGAAGGUGUAUAAGAAGAAAGGACAGAAGCGAACCACCCGCCGUGUGAAGAUGAAGCCAUCUCGGGCCAAACCAGCAGCACAACAAGCAGCUCCAACCGAGGAGGACAGUGACGAUGAAUUGGCUGAAACAGAGGAAGCGGUACCCGAAACACAAAUGGACGAUUCCGGCUUCACGGAAGCAAGAAACUUCGAUUCAGACACACAAUCCGAGUAUACGGCAUCUGAAGGAGGAACGAGAUAUAAGAGACCAAACCAGACGAAGAAUAGGAAAGCCAACAAGGAUGGGAAGAUCAAGACUGCAGCGAGGAAAGUGGGUGCUUUGGCUCACCAGAACUUUAAGCGAUUGAAGUUACGGAAUUCAGGGGCUAAAGGAGGCGCGGCUCACAAUAGUCGGUUCAGGAGGAAGAAGUGAAUGGAUCAAUGAGGUUAUGAAAUGGUAUCACGAGAUCACGGUCACAGAUGCAAGAAAGUAG